UAGUUUCAAUCAUCUCCUUCGUUCAUCGAAGGCUAAAUAUUGGAAAAACCCUAAUUCCUGGUGUUGCGAAUCACUUUCAUUGCAGCUUUGAAUUUCAGGUUUCCAACAGCAAUGACAACUCCAGCAAGAAAGAGACUGAUGUGGGAUUUCAAGAGACUACAGAAAGAUCCUCCUGUGGGAAUUAGUGGAGCUCCACAAGAUAACAAUAUCAUGCAUUGGAAUGCUGUCAUCUUUGGACCUGAUGACACUCCAUGGGAUGGAGGUACUUUCAAGUUGACUCUUCAGUUCACCGAGGAUUACCCGAACAAACCCCCGAUAGUUCGGUUUGUUUCACGGAUGUUUCAUCCAAACAUUUAUGCUGAUGGAAGCAUUUGCUUGGAUAUCUUACAAAACCAGUGGAGUCCCAUCUAUGACGUUGCUGCAGUUCUCACAUCAAUUCAGUCUUUGCUUUGUGACCCAAACCCUGAUUCACCAGCGAACGCAGAGGCUGCAAGGUUGUUCAGUGAGAAUAAACGAGAAUAUAACAGGAAAGUAAGUGAGAUCGUGGAGCAGAGCUAUGUAUAAUAUGAUUCCAUUUGUUGUAUUGACUAAUGUGUAUUGAAUAGUAUCAUCUUCCUUGAAUUAUUUUACAUGGAUGUUUAAAUUUAAGAAUGAGAUUUCUGCUUAUAAAUAUAUUUUGAUAAC